UUUGAAUGGGUGGAGUUGACUGCAAUAAGUUUGACUUUCUAUGUGUCGUAUUGUUUGUUAUUUGUAUUUCUAUAGAAUCGCACGUUGUUCUUGGUUCGGAUAUUCUGUAUUUACUCUCUGGAAAUGCUUCACAAGUGGAUCUCUGGGGUACCUUUAGACCUCAAACCUAUUUUGGAAUGCGCGCAAAAGUCCCCAACUCACUUCAGUUUGGGUUUACAUGGUUUGUAGCGUCAAAAGAAAACGACUAUGAACGUCUUCGAAAUUAUGUUAGUAGUGGUGACGAUGGUGUUACUCGUUUCAGUUGGCUUGCUCACGACGGAAGAAAUUAUGGUCACGAGAUUGUAGAAGAAGAGCGCAAUGGUGUACGAAUCCAUUUUGAGUGGAUAAAAGAGUCAGACGUAGGAAUCGGUAUUCGAAUAAAAGGAGAAAGUCUAUCGGCUGGAUCAAACAAUGUAGAAACUCAGAUGAUCAGUAUUUUGCCCUACUUGUUCGUCGCACGAGAUGAAUCAUUUGUGGAACGUUUAAGUGAACUUAAUGAACAAGGCAAACAUCGUAAAUCUGCAUCGAACGAGGACUCUUUAGGGUUUAUUCAACAGUUGGAUGACAUAUCUUUUCAAAGUAGAGACACGCAGACAGAUAUUCAUUGGACAGGAAACACGAAAGCCAAUGGACCAUUUUAUGCCUCAUUAAGGCAACCUAAAAGUGGUUUACUUCACUUGACAAGAGCUUCGAGAAGAACAAAGUUGAGGAAGGGAUUUGGCUCUAUACUGUCUCAAGACUUGUCACAUUCAUAUUCGGUCUCUUUAUCUUUGCCUUUGACUGAAUCCUGGAAAUAUGAAGCUGCUAUUAAAACGAUAUUAGAUGAGGUUAAGGCUGUUCAAGAAAAGGAAGAUAAUCAACCCGAGAUAUAUGAUGAAGAAGUCGAAGAAGCUUUUCAGACUAGAACAGGAACUAUUCCUAUAUUAAAGGAACAUCGUGAUGACAAGGCAACCUUAAGCAUAGCACAACGCAUUCUAUCAGUGCCAUUUGAACUGGAAUUUGUCUUUAUUCCAACAAUGACGCAAAUCGAUUUUGGCUCUGAGUGGUUGACUUCCAGAAUUACGGCCCUAACAGGAGACAAACUAACAGAGAAGUUUAUGCACAAGAAAAUGGCAUUUGAGAGAAACUUUCAAGAAACUUAUCAACUGGAUAAGAAAGGUUAUAGUUUGGAAUCCAUUCAGAUUGCUCAAUAUGCUUUAGCAAAUGUGUUGGGUGGCAUUGGUUUCUUUCAUGGAAGUACGUUGUUGAGCGAACCUCUACAAAAUUCUCAGCGAGCAAAGGACGAUAUCAAUAAUUUAAUCCUUCCUAAUGUAUCACUUCUAACAGCCACUCCUUCUCGUCAUUCUUUUGCUCGUGGCUUUUUGUGGGACGAAGGGUUUCACCAGUUGCUCAUUGCGUCUUGGGAUCCCUUACUUUCUUUCGAAUGUCUCUCAUAUUGGUUUUCAAGUUGUGCUUCUACUGGCUGGAUUCCAAGGGAACAGGCACUCGGAGAUGAAAUACGUAAUCUUUUCCCAUCGCAUGUAAAACAAUUUAUUAUGCAGGACCCGAACAUAGCCAAUCCUCCCACAUUACUACUACCUUUGAGAAGGUUGGCCAAAGAGUUGCAGCGAGUGAAUUCUAAUAAAUUCACUCAAGAGAAUGCAUAUUCUCAAUUUUCACUGGUUUCUUCACGUGUCAGUUGUGGCCAUUUUCUGUGGAAAGUAUUGUCACAACGCUUGCAACAAAUUUUAUCAUGGUUUGAGAACACUCAGAUUUCUUAUUCUUCAAAUGGCGAUUGGAAUGGUUAUCGAUGGAUAGGGCGCCACACAUCUAAAGUUGCUUCCAAUGGAAAUAUGCCAUUAACAUUUGCGUCAGGUUUAGAUGAUUACCCUAGAGCAUUGGUUCCUAAUGAAAGAGAAAGACAUUUGGAUUUACAUUGUUGGAUGAGUUGGGCAUGGAAUGCGUCCACAGAUAUUCUUCCAUGUGCAGGCGAGGAAACAAUUAGCGCGAGUAAAAGAGCGGAACGACUUGUUUCUUUGUUAGAGCCUUUACAUCGUCCUUCUAAAAACAUGGGGGAUAUAGGUUCUGUUGGAAAUUUGCUUUGUGACUUUGAUGGACAAGGACAGAGUGUUUGUCAUGAAGGAUAUGUCACACUUUAUCCUUUGGCACUUGCCUUACUGCCAGUGGAUUCACCAUAUGUUGGUAGCAUUCUCAAAUUGAUUGAUGAUGACAACAAACUACAUUCCGGUUAUGGGCUGCGCUCCUUGUCAAAAAAUGAUCCAUUUUAUCAACGAGGAGAUGGAUAUUGGACAGGACCUAUUUGGGUUCCUAUCAACUAUUUGGUUUUAGCGUCACUUCAUGAAAAAUAUAUGAAGGAAGGUCCAUACAUGGAAAUUGCUAAGCAGUUGUAUUCAACCAUUCGAGAACAGUUGGUUUCAAACAUUGUCAUGGAAUAUCAAAGAACUGGGUUUUUUUGGGAACAGUAUUCGGAUGUGGACGGACAUGGUCAAAGAACUAGAGGUUUUAGUGGAUGGUCUUCCUUGAUACUCUUGAUAAUGGCGGAAGAUUAUAGUGGAGUCGUUUAAUAUUCUCUUCCUUUUUUACAAGCAUUUGUUCACAAAGUUUGUAACCAUCAUGAAAUAGGGAGACACUGUUCGAAAUAGCAUCAACAUAUAGAACGAAAUAAAUGUCUUCUCUCUUUCCUUCCUGUAUUACAGUAAAAACUUUCUCAGUAUC